AUGUCAUUGAGUCAGCAACGAGAGGAACAACUGGCAAUAAUUCAAAGCGAAAUUGAGACAGCUCCACUAAUCAGUGAUCCCGUGGAAGUGCUAUCCGAAACAUGUCAUUUGGUUGAGGAGUAUGCCAACAACUCACAAAUCUUCCCCAAGGUACUCUCACUAUUUCAUAGGGAUACACCGUACACCGGCAUUCGUUAUGCACGACGUGAUGGAAACUGUUUUUACCGUUGUGUUGUUUUCGCGCUGCUGGAGCAGCUGUUAGGCAAUCCACAGAUGGCGCAGAACUUUAUGCAACACAUUACACAACUUCGUACAUGCCUUAUUAAUGACUAUGGUGACUUUGUUGAGGACUUCUGUGAUGCUGCUGUAGGUGUUGUUCGCAAAAUAUUGGAUGGUAGCUGCGCAAAUUCGAAUCAACUGCACACACUUGCAACAUCUGGAGAUUCUGAGUAUAUGCUGUAUUUUUACCGUUAUGCUGUUUCAAACUAUAUGCGAACUCACCGUGAUGAUUUUCUUCCUUUUGUGAUGGGACUUAACUAUGACAGUGUAGAAGCCUUCUGCCGGGCUGAGGUAGAUGCUGUAGCCAGUGAGAGUGAUAAUAUGCAAGUGGUGGCAUUCGCAAAAUGUUUUCAUGUGAGCAUAAUCGUCGAGUAUCUUAAUGGAGGAGAAGGUGAUCAGACGACAGAACAUUUCUUUUCUGGAUUUGAUGAUAACAACACCGGUAACAAUAAUAGCAGUGAUGCUGUUCCUGGGACAGUGAUAACAUUGCUCUACCGUCCUGGACAUUACGAUCUUCUUUACAAAUAA